ACUUUCCUUUUUUUUAAAACUGUGACGUAAUUAUUCCGCGCCUAUGUUUUGAACAACACGAAUGACAACCGUCAUCAGGCAAACAGCCUGAUCAUUCCCCCUAAAUAAGUACCACACUAAUUCAAUAACCUCGACCGACACUUAGUGCUGAGGUGACUGAAGUGACCCGUCAUGUCUCACUCUCAGCAGCAGUCCGCCCCCGGGCCCCUCCCCACGGCCCCAGACUCCCCUGCCAUGGGCGUGACGGUCAGCGGCAACGUCACCAAGUAUGCCAUGAAGAAGAAGAAGAUCCUCAACGCCGAGGAGAGUGAGCUAUUUGAGUUGACGCAGGCCGCAGGCAUCGCCAUGGACCAGGAGGUCUUCAAGAUCAUUGUGGACCUGUUGAAGAUGAACGUGGCUCCACUGGCUGUGUUCCAGACCCUGAAGGCAAUGUGUGCUGGCCAGAGGAUAGCUGACACCUCCAUGGGAGACUCCUCCACCGCCUCCUACCCCAACACCACCACUACCACCACAGCCCCUACAGAACCCAGAGAAGAGGACUCUGUUGUGUCUGGCACUAAAAGCUUUAAGCCCCCUGCACCUCCCCUCACCUCCUCUACCACCUCCUCCUCUGCUGGCCUCAGGCCCACCAGGGUCAACUCUAAGAUGGUCUACGACACCUCCUCUCCUCACUCUCAAGUGCGUAGUAAAACGGGUGCUGGCCACGGGGAGAAGAGCAGAGAGGGUUCCAGCCAGAGGGUGCCACGCCAGCCCAGCGCCACCAGGGGGCAGAAGACCACCAAGAGCUCUGGAAGCAGCAGCUCCUCCUCACAGGUCACCCCAACUACCACCAACUAGACCCCACAGGAAGGAGGGAUGACUGAUGGGGCACCUCACAAGUCUUAAGUUGCUUCCUCUCCUCGUCUUCUUUCCUUCAUCUACAUUAACGGCUAAUUAAUCUCCUCUCCUCCUCGGUUGAAUUAAGAUAAAUUAAUAUACGACAGUUGUUUUAGUGAAGGUAUGAACCUAGUCCCCCAUGUUGCUUUCACCUUUCAUAUGCUUCCACGUCAGAUCAGUAGAGGAUGAACCUUGUUUCUGAAAGUCAGAAUCAGUGUGACCUCUAAUGCAUACCUCUAGGUCACCAGUGCUGAUUUUCAACCUGCCAAAAGGCUGGGAGAUGUGCCUCUUUGGGUCCAGAGUCCAUUGGGAUAUGUUAGUGUAUCAUGGUUGGGUUGAGGAUAAGGGUUGACAGAAACAGUUCUUAGUACAGUACCAUAAAAAAAUACCACUUUUGGGGACACCUUGUAUAGAGGUCCUCUUUGUCUACCAUGCUGAAAUCCAACACAAUACUGGGUCUUUUGUUGUAAUUUCCUUUGGCUUAGCGGGAGUUACUAGAGUACAGCCAAUUCUGUUGCCUCUCUUGUCCAACACAACAGACUGCGGUUGUAUUCUGCCUGAUACCCACGAGGAGAAAGUGAGUGAAGAGGCAGCUGUUAAUGCUGCACAUGCUUGUCCCAAAAUGUUGUCAAAAUACAAAUAACACUUCUACAAGCUACUGCGUGUUCUUUUCUCUGUCCACCAGUCUACUGUGUCAGGAGAUGGUGAGUAAAAUGUGGUGGGCUUUGUGAUGUUCGGUCUACUGUGAUGCUACAGCUGGGAAGAGACAGAACGAAGCACUGUACAGGUCACCUCUCUGGGACAAUGCCUCAUCGUAUAGCAUUGGUUCAAAUUCAAUCAUUUUCGUAUUCAUACCACUGAUAUUCUAAAGUUGUCCUCUUCCUUUGUCUCUCCCUAUCUGUAAAUACUGAAUAGAUAUGUUAUAUGCACUUUAUAUAUCUAUUCAGGUUCCUGGUUCCGACAUUCUCCAUUUGAAUCUUGUAUACAGGACAAAGAUUAUUACUGUUUGAAAUGUGUACUGUUCAUUGUCUAUUUGACUCCAAUAAAGACUUUUCGCCAGUG